CCGGCCUCGAGCCUGGCUUCAGACAGCUGCCAGAGCAAUGUCGAGAAUCGUCUCUCACGCAACCAAAGAUGCGGAGACAUUGCCACGGCACACAAACUCAGCAGCCGGAGCUCCUGUGAUGGCUGGGCGGCCGCUCAAGUCACAGCGAGACUUGUAGCUGCUGGCUUGUUUGCACAGUACAGGGCAGCAUGUCGUUGUUGCUCAAAGUCUUAUGAAGGACACCACUACCGAUCGUGAGCUCUUCCGCUUCCUGACAUUGCAGAUGCAAGAGCACUGUGGCCGAUCCAGAAGUUCCUUCGCUGUGAGGCGCAUCCAGAACAUAUUCUUCGUCAAGUUCCGACUGCGUAAAGGAAACGUUGCCGAGAUUCGUCACCACCCUUACUGCUGCACUCUGCGCAGUUGCGAGUGCAUCCCUCCGCGGGUCAAAGUCAUCAAGCCGACAAUGGGCUCGGAAGAGUGCGACUGCAACCCGUUUGGCCCACAAGACGCCUGGCCUCCAGUCUGCCCUGAGUUCAUGAUGCACAUGCUCAACUCGCCCAGCUGCAUCGCAGACGAUGACGCUUCUAUACUGGAACAGCUGCCAAGACGGACUGCAAGCUCAAAGAGACGGACGGUGCUCCGUCCAAGUGCUGGGGGCUGUAUUUUCAGGAAGACGUCGACGCCAGCGCCAGCAUCGGUUUCGUUUUUCAAGGACGACAUUCGAGGCGCUCCGGGUAUCAGUGCGUACAUUGUUGCGAUUGCUACAUGUUCGGGGUCUGGGUUGCCACGACGAGUAGGACGUUUGUGUAGCGAUUUGCUAAGCGAGGCAGACUGCUGGUAACGUCAGGUCUUGAUGCGCAAAGACAUUUCCAGAGGUGAACAGGCAACAACUUUGUAGGCAUAUCUUUCUCAACUCGCCAUGGCCACACACGCCGUCGAAAUUGGCAAAGACCUCCACCACAUUGAGUAGGGUGACAAGGCAGCACCAAAACCGUGCGCUGGCGUACCAAGCACGCAGACGAGAGAAGGUACCGUGGACACGCCGCAUUCAGCCAGCCUCCAACCAAAGCGGUGCGGAGAAGC